UCCCUUCCUCUAUUGCUCAGCCUCAGCGCCUCUAAACUCCAUCACCAUGUCGGAGCCCGAAGUUGAGGUCUUUCGAAGCACUUUUCCCUCCUACAUGGCGGAGGGCGAGCGGCUCUACCUGUGCGGGGAGUUCUCUAAAGCCGCCCAGAGCUUCAGCAACGCUCUUCACCUGCAGGAUGGAGACAAGAACUGCCUGGUUGCCCGCUCAAAGUGCUACCUGAAGAUGGGAGAGUUGGAGAAGUCCUUAAAGGAUGCUGAAGCUUCACUGAAGACUGAUCCAACUUUCUGCAAGGGGAUUUUACAAAAGGCUGAGACACUGUACACCAUGGGCGACUUUGAGUUCGCCUUGGUUUUCUAUCAUCGAGGCUACAAGCUGAGGCCUGAUCGGGAAUUCAAAGUGGGGAUUCAGAAGGCCCAAGAAGCCAUCAACAACUCCGUGGGAAGUCCUUCUUCAAUAAAGCUGGAGAACAAAGGGGACCUCUCUUUCUUAAGCAAACAGGCAGAGAAUAUGAAAGCUCAGCAGAAACCUCAGCCUAUGAAGCAGCCCUUAUACAGCCCCAAGAUAGAGACCAAGCGGAAGGGUUCACUCAAGAGUGAAAAGACUGUCCGCCAGCUGCUGGGAGAGCUCUACGUGGACAAGGAGUAUUUGGAGAAGCUCCUGUUGGAUGAAGAACUCACCAAAGGGACCAUCAAGAGUGGCCUGACCGUGGAGGACCUCAUCAUGACGGGCAUCAACUACCUGGACACCCGCUGCAACUUCUGGAGGCAGCAAAAGCCCAUCUAUGCCAGGCAGCGAGACCGGAAGCUGAUGCAAGAGAAAUGGCUGCGGGACCGUAAACGCCGUCCCUCGGAGACAGCCCGCUACAUCCUCAAGAGCCUGGAGGACAUCGACAUGUUGCUGACCAGCGGCAGUGCCGAAGGGAGUCUCCAGAAGGCAGAGAAAGUGCUGAAGAAGGUACUGGAAUGGAACAAAGAAGAGGUGCCCAACAAGGAAGAGCUGGUUGGGAACCUGUACAGCUGCAUAGGGAAUGCCCAGAUUGAGCUGGGGCAGAUGGUAGCAGCCCUGCAGAGCCACAGAAAGGACCUGGAGAUCGCCAAGGAAAAUGACCUUCCUGAUGCAAAAUCAAGAGCCCUUGACAACAUCGGCAGGGUUUUUGCCAGAGUUGGGAAAUUCCAGCAAGCCAUCGACACGUGGGAAGAGAAGAUUCCUCUGGCCAAAACCACCCUGGAAAAGACCUGGCUGUUUCAUGAGAUUGGCCGCUGUUACUUAGAGCUUGAUCAGGCCUGGCAGGCCCAGAAUUACGGUGAGAAGUCUCAGCAGUAUGCGGAGGAAGAAGGGGACAUCGAGUGGCAGCUGAAUGCCAGCGUUCUGGUGGCACAGGCACAAGUGAAGCUCCGAGACUUCGAGUCAGCCGUGAACAACUUUGAGAAAGCCCUGGAGAGAGCGAAGCUGGUCCACAACAACGAGGCGCAGCAGGCCAUCAUCAGCGCCUUGGAUGACGCCAACAAGGGCAUCAUCGAAGAGCUGAAGAAAACUAACUACAGGGACAUGCUCAAGCAACGGACGGAGAAAGAGGGCCUAUCAUUGGCUGAUCUGCCAACACUAACGACGGCAAAGGACAAGGAGUUGAGAAAAGGACGAGACGAGACGGAGGACUUGGUAAAGCAGUUGUCCAGAGAGCAGCUGGGGAGCGAGAAGGAGACAGACGAUGAGGAAAGCAGGAACGCUCUGCAGAAAGCAGAAGCCCAAAAGGCCCAAAGGGUUGCCAUUGAAACCACGGAAACCUCACUGGAAGACAGCCUGCUGAUGGACAUGGGCAAGAAAGACGCCAGGGACAUCUACAAGAGGUCUUCAGAUUUAGACCAGAACCUCGCAGUAGAAGUCACUGGAAAGGAUUCAGAAGUAACAAAGAGCCCUUCAUAUAGCAGAAGAGAGACAAAAGUAGGGAAAACAAGAAGCAAAGGGGAAGUGAGAGACCCUGAAGAUACCGAGUGAAAUCCCAAAGGAUCUGUGAGUGCCAGCUUCCUAGGCAGCCAUGAGCCUCGGAGGUGGGGGCAUCAAGGCAGAGGGAGGGACUUCAGUUGAAUUUUCAAGCUGAGAUUU